AUGAAUUAAUCAUCUUUUUGCUCUAUCCAUAAUGAUAGAAUGAUGUGCCUAGUUUGUCUUUAUGGGUAAUGUUAGUAGGAAAGCAGAAUUAUCUGUUUAAGAUGUGCGGUUAGAGGUCACAAACAUUUAGAUCAUAUUGAUAAAGUAUAUGAUAUUUCAGAAUUAUUAGAUGUAGAAUAAUUGAAGAAGUGCUUUUUGUAAUAAGACCAAACUAUUCUAAGGGAAGAAAAUAUAAAUUCUAUUCAGCCCGAUUAAAUAGAAUCUAAGAUAGAAAAAAUAAUCGAGGGCUUUUCUCAAGCAGCUAGAUCAUGUAAAAAAGCAUUAAUAGAGCAAUUACUUUAAAAUGAAAAUUCUAACACCUAAGACUAACAAAAAUUAAUUCAGAGCUUUUAUAUAUAGCUUAAAUAGUAUUAAAAUGGCGAAAUAGAUCAUGUUUCUUUAAAUGAGAUUGCUAAGCUUUUUACUUAUUCAAUUCAAAAUGAACAUAAACAAAAUUAGAUGGAAAUCGAAAAUGAAAACGAAAAUUAAUCAUCAAAAUAAGAAGAUAAGGAGAAUAUUUCUUUCUAAAUUUAAUAAUGCAUUAAAGAAUUAGAAAGCAUAUCUCAGCAGACAAGUUAAAUAUUUUUAGAUUUAUGCAAAAAAUUGGAAUCAAACCGAAUCUCCAAUUAUAAUGAUAUUAUUGAAAACCAUAAAUAGAGUAUUUAGCAAGCCAGCACUAAAUUGAGCUAGUUUAACUUAGUUAAAGUGUAGAAUAAGUAUAAUGGUAAUAAAUAAACAUCAGCAUAGAAUUAAAAUUAAGUUAAAUUUGAGAUAAAAAUAAAUGAUAACCCAUACUUCGAUUAAACUUUGUAUGAAUAACUUAAUUAAUUAGAAACUAUGGAUAAUUUAAAAUAAUUAGUAAUAUCAAUCAGGUAAAAUAUAGUGAUAAAAAGUGAUUAUUUUAAUUAGAUGCAAAAAGCUUUGCAAAAAAACACCAAUUUAUUGAAAUGCAGCAUCUCAAUUCAGACUGAUACAAUUGAAAAUACUUAGCAGUUAAAACUUUUAUCUAAAAGUAUUGGAGAUUUAAAAAAUCUUAAAGAACUAGAUUUAGAAAUAUGCACAUAUUAAGGGGAUUACUUUACUUAGAUCAUCACUGAAUCAUUCUUAGCUAAUUUAAGCAAUAGUUUAGAAUAGCUAAAAAAGCUAAAAUACUUAAAAAUUAACCUCAAAGACUUUGCUUGCUUUAGCUAAAAGGGGAUUAAAAAUAUUACAACAUCUUUAGGAACUUUAAUAAGAUUAGAAAAAUUGAAUCUAAGUAUAUCAGGAUAUAAAGAAGAAUCAUUCAGAUCUUUGCAUUCUUUAAAAAAUCUCACGAAAUUGAAAAGUCUUCGCUUAAGAAUAGUAAGCUCAAAUCAAAUCAGUGAAUAUUUUUAUAUGGAGCUAAAUGAGACAUUGGCACAGUUAAGUAAUUUAGAGGAAUUAGAGCUAAAUUUCUAAAAGUAUUAAUUUAGUGCAUUAAGUGAUUACAUAGAUUUAAAAAAUAAUAUUUAAAAACCAUGUGAACUCACACCUAUGGUUUAACUAACUGGAGAGUAUUUCAAUAACUUGAGUUAGAUUUUAAAAGAGCUGACUCAGCUAAAGAGACUUUUUAUAAUAAUUGAAAAAGAUUUAACAUUUGUUAACGCUGAUUCCUUUAAAAAUUUGUGUCGAGUUAUUGGGGGUUAAUCUUUAGGAAAUAAUAUAGAAGUUCUAUUUUUGAAAUUCAACAUUCAUGACGAACAGAUGAAAUAAAGCGAAGUGUAAGAAACAUUAAUUAAUACCUUUAAAUAAAUGUCAUAACUGAAGCAUUUAUAUCUUGAUGUAUUCAAUGUAAGCAUUUUUGAUUCUAGCUUAGCUGUGCCAUUCAUAAAUUAGGUAGUAUCUAUCAAAAAUAUUCAUAAAAUAAUACUAGAAGAACAGUAAUUAACAAAUAACACUUUAAUUAUUUUUUUAAAAAUAAAAUAUUGUAAAUAUCUUUUCAUUUUUGAUAAUGUAAAAUUCCUAUUGAAUUAGGAGAAUAAAUAAAAACACGAUAGAUUAGAUAGCUUAAUCAGUUAGUAGCGUGAAAAAUCUUAAGUAAUUCUUAAUAAACACUCAAGAUAUUCUGCAUACAUGAAAAAACCUUAGAAAUUAAACGCAUAGCUAAUUAUGUAUUUUAAAUUGCUAAUUAAACAGUAAAAAAAUAAUUUAGUAUUUAUUAAAAAUAGACUUUUUGUUUAUAAUUUAUAAAGUUUACAGUUGUUCGAUCAGCGCAAUUAAAUAAGAAAAUCAAAAAUACACUUAUUAUUAAUGUUAGUUUUUAAUUUUAUUAAUUUUAUUUAGAUGUUACAUUGA